AUGAUAGAGGUCCCUCUGAAAACGAUCUCUCCUACAGAGAAGUUAACCUGUUUGCCUGUGAAUCCACCGCAUAAGAGUCUAGAUGACUUGAUUGACGAUGUUCAAACAGCAAAAGGUGAUUUUGAAGAUGUGGACACCGAGAUACGAAAUGCGGUGGAAAGAGGAAUAUAG